AUGGAAUAUCCUUUUCAUUGUACGUUAUAUUACGGACCUCACCCUGUUGAAUGUUUGGUAACGAUCUGGAUUUUGGAACUUUGUUUACCUGAUGGUCAUAAACAUCCAACUAAACUUUCCAAUGAAGUCUUGGAACGGCAUGAUCAAAUGAAUCAAAGAGAAAUUAUAAGUGAAUUCAAGUCUAUCAAAUCUUCUGCGGAUGAAGGUGAUCAUGACAAUCAGAAUUUUUGUUUCGGAAUGGCAUAUCCCAAGCACUGUGAUGAGUAUUAUGGACCAUACAUUAUUGAUUGUCUCAAAACAAUUUGGGAAAUGGUAAGAUGCCUUCCUGAUGGAUCAAAGUUUCCACCGAAACUUGACUCAGCAGAAAUUGAUGGAUUCAAUGGAAUGGGAUUGACUCCACUCAUUGAACUCUUCAACACGUCUGCACUUUCUGCCGAUAAGGGCGAUGUCAAUUUCCAACAGGAAUGUUUUGGAUUGGAAUAUCCUGAGGGCUGUGUCAACUACUACGGGCCACAUCCCAUGGAAUGCUUAAUCACAAUAUGGAAAUCAUUCGAAUGUUUGGAACUUGGUACAAGAUUUCCAGAAAAACUUUCAGAAUCUGAACUUGAACGAAUUGAUAAUCUCAAUAUCAGGAAUGUAACUUCCGAGUUUAGGAAUAUCAGAAAUGCAGCGGAUAGUGCUAAUCAAGAUUCCCAGAUGUAUUGUUUUGGAAUGAAAUAUCCUCUGCACUGUUUGAAGUACUACGGUCCAAAUCCAGUCAAUUGUUUGGAAACUAUAUGGAAAUCUGCACGGUGUAUAGAAGAAGGUGUCAAGCAUCCACCAAAAUUAGAGGAAUCUGAACUGACAAGACGUGGCAAACAAAAUUUGAGAGAAAUUAUUGAUGAAUUCAAUGCAACUAAAUCAGCAGCCGAUACUGGAAAUGUAGACAAUCAAAAUGAUUGCUUCGGAUUACCUUAUCCUAACCACUGUGAUAAGUAUUAUGGCCCAUAUUCUGUUGAAUGCCUAACUACAAUAUGGACCUCGGUGAGAUGUUUACCGGAAGGUGAUGAAUAUCCUCAUAAGUUAUCUGAAAAUGCUGUCACAGCUUUUACUGAAAUGGGACUAAGACCAUUGAUUGCGAAAUUCAAUGCAACAUCUUUGGCUUCUGAUAACGGAGAUACCGAUCAUCAGUUGAAAUGCUUUGGAAUGGAAUAUCCUCAACACUGCACCAAAUACUAUGGAUCACAUCCUGUGUCUUGUUUGAAAACCAUAUGGAGUGAUUUCGAAUGUUUGGACUUCGGAACAAAAUAUCCUGAUAAACUUAUGGAAGAUGAGUUAGAACGUUAUGAUACAUUCACUUUGAGAGAAAUAAUUGCAGAUUUUGAAAAUACAAGAAAGCAGGCGGAUAAAGCUUCGUUACAGCAUCAGCAGUAUUGCUUUGGAAUAGAUUAUCCUCUUCAUUGCACAUUGUAUUAUGGGCCUCAUCCUCUUGAUUGCUUGAUAACAAUAUGGAUUUCUGCAAGAUGUUUACUUGCUGGUGAAAAACAUCCAACUAAAUUAACGCAGGAUGUAUUGGACCAGCAUGAUGAAAAGAAUUUAAGAGAAAUAAUUAAUGAAUUCAAUGCUACUAAAUCUGCUGCAGAUAGUGAUGAUAAAGAUUCUCAGAAAUAUUGCUUUGGACUUGUUUAUCCUGAUGACUGCUCAAAAUAUUAUGGUCCAUAUCCUGUACCAUGCUUGGAAACUAUUUGGGAAAUGGUUAGAUGUCUUCCAGACGGAACUGAAUAUCCACUAAAACUUCCCCAAACUACUAUUGAUAGCUUUAAUGGAAUGGGUCUCACGUGA